CAAAAGAUCCGGUUCAAGUUAGUGGGUUUCCCAAAAUUGGACGGUACUCAAGGUUGUGUAUCGCGCCAGUGCAAUAAUGGCCGAACUAUUUUUAGACCCAUCUAUUCGAUCCUGGGUAUUCCUUCCUCUUGUAAUAAUUACUUUCCUCUUCGGGGUUUUACGUCACUACAUGACUAUCAUGUUCACCAGUGAGAAAAAGGGUGAACUUGAGAAUAUCGGUGAUAGUCAUGCCUUAAUCCGCAGUAGACUUUUACGUGAAAAUGGAAGAUUCUUGCCGGCAAAAGCUUUUAAAAUGCGCAAGUAUUUCUUCAACGAUAAGGAGCAUGGGUUUUUUAAAACACAAAAGCGAGAAAGUCCAAUGAAUAAUCCAAUGGCUGAUCCCUCAAUGGCAACUGAGAUGCUAAGAAGCAAUGCGCUCAAUAUGGUUCCAAUGAUUGUUAUUGGCAGCUGGAUCAACUGGGCUUUUUCAGGCUUCUUGACCACGAAAGUUCCAUUUCCACUCACUUAUCGAUUUAAGCCCAUGCUUCAAAGGGGCUGUGAGUCGCUUACUUCUCUGGAUGCAUCUUGGGUUAGUUCUGCAUCUUGGUAUUUUCUGAACAUAUUUGGCCUCAGAAGUAUGUAUGGUUUGGUACUCGGUUCGGACAACGCAGCUGAUAACUCGAUGAUCUUGCCAGAUCACCAAGUACCUACACCACAAGCUCCACAGGAUAUGCAAAAGGCAUUCAAAGCAGAAUGGGAAGCAUUGGAAGUAGUCGACCAUCAUUGGGCUUUAGCAGACUGUGAAACAAGAUUACUGAACAGAUUAUCUUGAUGCGUUUAAUUCUUCUUUAAAUGUCAAUAUACUCUGUUUUUCG